GACGUUGGAUAAUUUUCAGAUGUGUCAGCGAAAAGGUCACCGUAUUUGCAUAUUCUUGCGUCACAUGUUAACGUUCCAUUUCGCGUCGCGUCUCUCAGCUUCUUCAACUCUCUCCGCGAAAAGAAAUCGAAUCGACAUUACUGUUGCAAUUAUCUGCACAUUCACGUCGCCCAUCGCACAUCAUACAUUGUACAUCAUACAUAAGCAAGCUCGUAACCACCAUCAUCUUCCUUUCAAUUGUCUAUCCAUUCACAAACAUGCCCCCCAAACCAUUCAACCCCCCUCGUCCCUCCGGGCAAUCCAAGCCUCGCGGACGUCCCAAAGGCACAACUUCCACAUCUACCACCUCCAAACCCAAAUCUACAGUCAAAUCGGCAGUUUCUAAGCAACCCCGCGUUUCCAAAACUCCCACUCCUCAACUCGAAGACUCAGAUUCAAGCUCAGAACUGGAAAAAGAUAAAAAUGAUGAAAUGGAAGUCGACGAGGAAAGCGAUGAUCCAUUCGCAUCACAACCAACUAUAUCGAAAGGAAAAGCCAAAGCAUCAACGUCAACAUCUGCAUCUACAACCAAACCCUCAAUCUCCAAGGCAAAAGAUAACGGCGAUCCCCAAUCCUCUGAUUCCGAGCUGGAAAUGAUAUCUCCCCCUCGUCCUGCUGCUCGCAACACCGCCUCAACAUCCACGCACCAAAACCCCCAUCACCAAAACUCAGCCGAAGAAUCAGAUUCGGAUUCCGAAACCCGCACAACAAUCCCUAAUGAUCUCCUCUCUAAAAUCAUGCAUGAAUUAUUCGCUGAGCCUAAUACGCGGAUUUCGAAAGAAGCGAAUAAAGCGGUGGGAAAAUACAUGGACACAUUUGUUCGAGAGGCAAUUGCGAGGGUUAGGUAUACGGAGAGGGGCAGUGGAAGAGGUGGUGGGUUUUGGGAGGUGGAAGAUUUGGAGAAGAUGGCGCCGCAGCUGUUGUUGGAUUUUUGAGAGGAAGUGGGAGAGAGUUAUAAUUGGAAGAAUCAAAAUGAAAAUUAUGGUUUGGGGCCCUUCAAUGGAAAGAAUGUUUAUCUACAAGAAACUAUUUCUCUAGGAAGGCACUAUGGUGAGAUUUGGCGUUACCGGGAGAUAUGAGGGGUCUGUUAACGGGUGGUUUUCCUUCAUAUAGAGUUAUUAUCUGUUAUAUAUCCUCACAAUAGUUUUCAUGAAUGAAGUCAAGGAGCCAUCUAUGCUUGAUCUGCAUAUUAGUCAGGAAAGGUAGCUAUUCUGUGCAUUUGACUCUAAUACAAACA